CAAGAAAAGAAAGAAAAGAAAAAUUCAGAACUUGCUCUGGCGUUUCCGUCAAACAAAAAUGCGUAAAUGCUCACAAGUCACAACCCUCUCUCUCUCUGAACGAACAGAAAAAUUGAGAAGGUGGUGAUCAAACCUCAAUUAGAGCCAUGGCGUCGUCAUCGACUGAAGAACAAGGCCAAGAACAGCAGCAACCACAACCACAACAGCAGCAGCAGCAGCAACAACCAGUGAAAGAGUGCGUGCACAAGACGAAGCUCAUCCAAUUCUUGGGACGUUCGGCGCCUAUCGUCCUCCAGAACGACAAUGGUCCCUGCCCUCUUCUGGCAAUCUGUAAUGUUCUCUCACUGAGGAACAGCUUGAAUUUGAGUCCAGACACGACAGAAGUCUCACAGGAGAAACUGCUUUCGCUCAUUGCUGAACGAUUAAUUGAUUCUAACAGUAAUAUUGAUAAUAAAGAUGCAGGAUAUGUAGAAAAUCAACAGCAGAACAUUGCUGAUGCCAUCGAUCUACUCCCUCGACUUGCAACAGGCAUUGAUGUCAACAUAAAGUUCAGAAGGAUAGGUGAUUUUGAGUUUACUCCAGAAUGUGCCAUAUUUGACCUGUUAGACAUUCCACUAUAUCAUGGUUGGAUAGUGGACCCCCAGGAUGAUGAUACCGCUAAUGCAAUUGGGUCAAAAUCCUAUAAUGCUCUUAUGGGGGAGCUUGUUGCACUGGAAACAUGGAAUAUGGAGAGUGAAUGUAAGAAUACUUCAGAAGAAGAUUGCGUUGAUUUUGCGGCUGCAACAACUGCAACCCUGGGUGUCCCUUCACCAUGCCUUUCUAAAACUAGAUCUUUUGAUGAGUCUCCACAUUCAGCUUCUGAUGAACCGAAGGCAAGAAAAGGUGACCUUGAAGAAGAAGCAGAGUUGAUAAUGGCUUUAAAAAUGUCUGAGGGUGAACUGACAACUACAGUUGGUGAUCCUCUUGGAGCCACUACUGACAAUGCCCCUCCGUUGGUUGGUUCUGAUGGAAGUACGCAUCCCGAGAAUGUUAUGCAUGUAGAUUCUGUAGAUAAAACAGAGAAGCACACUGCCGAACACAAUAAUAUUCAUCUGUCUGAUCUGUCUGUACCAGAAGAUUGCAAUGCCUCCAGGAAUGAGAGUAUUAAUUUGAUAUCUUUCGAUACUACUCCCGGGCAAACAGCGUGUUCAUCACCUUUGGAGACUAAUAAGGCAGAAAAUAUUGAUCAGCCAACUUAUCUGAAAUCACAAGAGCAUCUUGCCAAUGAUCUGGUUGCGAAAAGCACUACAAAUGAAUCAGUCCAGAUUGAAAGUGGUAUUUCUUUUUUUCCUGGGAGAGAUACUGAGUCCUUGGAUGAGAACCAUACAGAUGUUUCACGAGGAGAUGAGAAAUUUGAGAGUCAGGCCAAGCUUACAACUGAUACUCAUGGAAGUCUAGAUAAGCAAAAUGGGAGCAACAUGGCAGAGGCAUCUUGCUUAUCUGCUCCAAAUGUGGGUUUGGAUUCAUCUAGUGGCAGAGUGCAGCAAACUGAUGCAUCGGAAACUUUGACAUCGAGUGGCAGUGAGCCCAUCUAUGAAGGAGAGGAGCGCAUUCUGGAUUCAGGAACUACCGUUUUGCAAGACAAAGAGCCUGUAUAUGAAGGUGAGGUGGUGCUUGCGAAUCAAGCUGACAAAAGCCCUUUAGAUGCACGGUCCAUGGGUGAAAUCACUCCACAACAAGGUGAAUUGAUCAGGAAUUUUUUGAAGAACAAUGCUAGCCAGUUGACUUUCUAUGGCCUUUUCUGCUUACAAGAUGGCCUUAAAGAGCGUGAACUCUGCGUUUUCUUCCGCAAUAAUCACUUCAGCACCAUGUUUAAGUUCAAUGGCGAACUUUAUCUUUUGGCUACUGAUCAGGGUUACAUAAAUCAGCCUGAUUUGGUGUGGGAAAAGCUAAAUGAGGUCAAUGGGGAUACAUUGUUUAUGACAGGAAACUUUAAGGAAUUUAAGGUAGAAAGUCAUGCAAAUGACACUUGGGAUGAAAACAAUGCUGUCACGACCACUGCGGACUAUCUUGCUAGCAUCGACAGUGCAGCUCAAGCGGGCUUUGAUAUGAAUUCUGAUCUGCAAUUGGCAAUUGCUCUGCAACAGCAGGAGUUCGAUCAACAACCCCAACGACAAAAUUCGCAGCAACCAUCUAUUAGUGGGAAUUCAAGGAUGGUUACGGGUCCCCAGGUGACAAGAAGCAAUCCCAGAACGCCAACGUCCUCAUCUGCAAGACCUGAAGCAAAAUCCAAGGAAAAGUGUACUUUGAUGUGAAUUCCGACAGCAAGCAGUUAUAAAUGUGUACUGUAAAUGGCAUGCAUCUUGGCCCCGAUUUAUUUCAUGAUGUUAAUCGACCCAGUCCAGCGUUAUUUUUAGAUGAAAGUUUUUUUGACUGUAAAUAGAGUCGAGUAUAUAAACAAUCUUGCACCGGCCCUCCUCCCAGCCUGGCAGUUGUUCUAACCGGAUUGAUUUUUCUCAAAGGUUGUAGGAAGUUGAAUGAGGUCCCUGUUCUAACUCAUUGGAGAGGUUCAGAGAAGUACAGGAUUAUAGUGAUGGGCUCUUGUUCACUAACAUUCUGAGCUGAUGUAGCAUGUUUUCCUAUCAAUCUUAAUGAUGUCCACUUCGGCCA